AUGUUUAACGGUCUCCUUUCCAUCUCCGCGAAGGUGGACAAUUGUGGAGAUGGAGAGUCCGACGAAGGCGUGUCGGAAAAAUCCAGUUUUUGCCUCGUCAAGCCGGUGGAGAUGCGACCAAAGCGACUCGAUUUCAUCGGCUUACCGACCACUCAAUGCACAAACCGCAUCGACGUCUCUUCUACCCCAGGUCCGAGUCCCGCCAAUCAAGACUCUUCACAGCCCACAGACACACACACACAAACACACACAGUUCUCGGCCCAAGCGAGUGGAGAGUUUGCCUGAGGCCUAGACAAGCCGACAAGGUAGACAAGCAACACAAUACG